AUGACUGACAAUUACUUCUUGUUUGAGGGGAUCCAGAUGCUGUCUGGCUUCCAUAGUGUGGAGUCUCUGUCUUUUGCUCAGAACUUUUUGGUGAAAGAUGAUGAUGUCAUCAUAGUGAGCUACCCUAGAUCAGGAACACACUGGAUGAUUGAAAUGGUCAGUCUGAUUGUCUCCAAAGGGGACCCUACUUGGGUCCAAAGUGUCAAAAAUUCUGCCAGGUGUCCAGGGAUUGAUUCUAAAGAUUGGCAGAAACUAUUGCUGGACCAGGAUGGACCACGUCUCAUGAGUACACAUCUUCCCUUACAACUGUUUCCUAAGUCUUACUUCACAUCCAGUGCUAAGAUUAUCUAUGUCAUCAGGAAUCCAAGAGAUGUUGUUACAUCUAACUAUCAUAUAAGUAAACAUUUUCACCCUUUGAAGAAUCAAAAGACUUUUGAUGAGCAUCUUCGUGCAUUUAUCCAAGGUGACGUGGCUUAUGGAUCCUGGUUUGAUCACACACUUGGAUGGAUAACCAGGAGAGACACAGAGAACUUCCUACUAAUGUCCUAUGAGGCGCUACAGAGGGACCUCAGAGGCAGCAUGCAAAAAGUGUGUCAAUUUCUGGGCAAACAUCUGACUCCAGAACAGCUUGAUUCUGCUGUUCAAAACUUGUCCUUUUCAGUCAUGAAAGAGAAUAGGAUGUCCAACAGUAUAAUGCUAAGAAAUUCCAAAGAUGGCACCGUCUCCAAUAUACCAUUGCUGAGAAAGGGCAUCUGUGGUGACUGGAAGAAUCUCUUCACUGUGGCUCAAAGUGAAGCCUUUGACAGAGUCUAUCAGGAGAAGAUGUCGAGGCUGGAUCCUGAUCUCUUCCCCUGGUCGAAAAGCUGUUGA